AUGUCAUGUGGUAGACCAAAUGGUUUUGUUGAACUUGAAGAACUAGUUCAUCGUGAUGGAGCGAGGGAUGAAUGGGAGGAAACAGCACGAUGGAUUACACUUGAAGAAACAGUAGAAUCAGAUCGCUGGAGUAAACCACACGUGCCAUGUUUAUCGCUUCAGGGUCUACAGAAUGUUCGAGAUAUUCUGGAAACAUGUCCGAUAGUAACAGACCUCGCCGAAACAGAAAUGACAGCAAUCGUGGAAGCAUUAGUAAACGAAAUGGUGCGUUUUGGAACACUAGAGGCUGAUCUUCGGGACUCUGUUGUCAGUUUACUGUUGUUGAAUCAUCGUCAUAAGAACCAAACUAAAGCUUCUCCACUCUCACGUCGUCUUACCCGACAUUUCAGUAUUGAUGUUCCUGAAGAGGACAAAGAUCCGGUACCUGUAGACGAAGAUCCCGUCACCUUUUCUCGCUUCUCGUAAGUUGAACCUUUAUAAUUUACAGUGGAUUUAUAUUACCGGUUGAAGCGGCCCAAUCAAUCGGAUUCAAUCCCUGUGCACUGUUGAAAUGAUGAAAUGAGAAUAUUAGAGAUCAAGAUCCUCCUGACGGAUUAUCUCUUCUGUGAAUUGAUUAAAUCGUUGCUUCCAAACGGUAUUUACCUUUCCAUUUCACACGAGACACACGAUCAUAAAACGGCCCGAAUUCGAGCACAGCGCACGAAUUCCCGUGUUUAAAAAUUUAUAAGCGUCGAAGUAUUGUGUCUAAAACGGAUUGUUGCAGGCAUUUAAAUACAAACGGAUCACCAAUCAAGACGAAGAAGUACGCAGGUUGUUUGUCUUGGCUGAUGGUCCGUCGGUUUACCGCGUUUAUAUACAGGCAAAGAAGUGGAUGAACUACUAUAGCAAUUUGACCUCGAAUGUGACAACCAGGGGCCGCGGUUGUAUAAAACUCUUAAUCACUUUUGUAAUCACUAUUUUGUAGUUGAAUACUGGUUAACUUUAACCACAUAGUUAAGUCCGUUGUAUAAAAAUGUAGUUAGCGUUAACUGCAGUUAAAAAGUUCUAGGGUAUUGUUAACUUCUAGUUAACAAGUACGGUCGUACUAUAGUGGACCAGGAACUGCGUGACCCAGUUUCGAUCUUGUGCAAAUCGUUAAACGUUCAAAACCUUCGGCUUCGAGAUUUUGACUUGAUAAACAAAUAACUAGACACUUGUGAAACUAAUGUUCUCGAAGUUUGCAACGUAGACUGAGUUUGCUAAAUGUUUUGCUUUAAUUUGGUCAUGCAAGAUACACUUUAUCCGGGCAAAAUGUGUCUAGUGCCGUGUGUAUAUAGCCUACAUGCGGUGUAAAUCUGGACAAAGCAUAGAUAACUAAAUGCGCAGUUUUCAAAAGUAUUUCCUCGCAUUUGAAUUCGAUAGAUAAGUUAAAUGUCCCACAAUAUUUAGAAUAAACAUGCCGUGCCUAAGUCAGCUAACUUUUGCCGUACAUCAAAUUUUGCCUUGCCGUGCCUGCCAUUAAUAAUAUACAUAAAGAUAUUACUCGACUGUGAUUGGUUGAUUUCAGUGCAGUUAAUCCCAAACAGCAGUGCAAUUUUCUGUAAUCACAGUGCAAUUUUUUGUAAUCACAGUGCAAUUUUCUGUAAUCACAGUGCAAAAAUCUGUAACAAACUGAUCUGAUUGGUGGAAAAACAUUGUGAUGAUUAAAUCAACCAAUCAGUUUAAGUUAAGGCAGUUUAGUUUUAAAGAAGUAACGGUCACAGAUUGCUUCAAAACAAAACAAACAUGGCGCCGCGCUACACAAAGUAAAAGUUGCCUUCGCGUGGAAAAUAUGGCUUUUAUCUUUAUUUUUAAAUGGAAAAGCAUUUACCUUAAACAAGACUAACAAAAAAUACACAGUUGAGUGGAAUUUUCAAGCUCUUAGCGUUGUAUAAUGUGAUAAAACAAGGCCAGGAAAACUUUGCCAGUGUAAAACUACAAUUGUCUCGAACAUUUUUAUGUAAAUUAUUAAUAAGUAAUAGCAUGGAUUCUCGUGAAAUUUGGAUAAACAUGCACUUGUGAGUUUUUCAAAGACCUCAAAUAGCACUCGUCCUUCAGACUCGUGCUAUUUUGAGGUCUUUGAAAAACUCACUCGUGCAUGUUAUAUCCAAAUUGCACUCGAAACCAUGCUAUUACCUAUACUAAUUACAAAAUAAGUUAAGGUAACAAAUUAUCUGAAUUGUUGCCAGGUUAAUGCAAUUUCAUCUCGCUUAAGCCUGGUUCACAUAAAAUCGUUAAGCAGUCGCAGACAGUCGCAGACAGUCGCAGACAGUCGCAGACAUGUGCCGAAUUUUUAUAUGAACGAUCUGCGACGGAUCGGGAAAGUUGAACUUGGUUCAACUUUCCCGAUCCGUCGCCGACCGGUCUCAGACAGUCUGCGCGAAUCUGCAUUUGUGUUCAUAUAAAAAUUCGGCACAUGUCUGCGACUGUCUGCGACUGCUUAACGAUUUUAUGUGAACCAGGCUUUAGUCAUGGCUUCAUAACUGCAUGCUUGUGCUAAAAACAAAUUUUCAUGUCUUUGUUUUUCCGGUUCACGAUUUUCUAUCGGACUAUGAAUAUUAUACUGUAUGACAGCCAGAUAGCAAUAUUACUCCACUACGCUUUGAGAAACUAAGCCAGCGUGUUAAAUUUAGUCAACUUAACGCUUAUAAUUAAUUGUUAUAAGAAUCUUGAGAAGCUUUAGACUAUUGUGAUUGUGUUCACAACAAUAGACAAGACAAUGUCUUUCUUAUCGUUUGCUGAUAUAUUUGCUGAAUAUUAAUGAUAUGUAUAUAUUAUUUGCUACGAAUACAGUCAAAAAUUGCUUGUAUCUUGCUUCUAAAGUCAAAAAUGAAAAAUCGAUCACCGUCAAUCGAUGCGGAAUAUUGCUUAGAAUAAUUGUGUCAAAUUUCAUUCCGAUCAGACAAGUAAUGACGGAGCCUUUUCAAAGAGCGUCACCCCCUAACAACAACAACAACAACAACAACAACAACAACAACAACAACAACAACAACAACAACAACAACAACAACAACAACAACAACAACAAGAUUAGCAGCGAUUGGGGACCAGUUCCUGGUCCAAAAGUGGCGCUUGUAUCGGAGUGAACAACAUUUUUCAGUAAAAUAACAAUGAAAAGCAAUGCUUACCUGCGAUUUUCAAUCGCUGUCUUUCCUGUGAAUGUUUCCUGACAAUAUAAACUCUUCAAACGCUAUCGCUUUGGUGUUUUUGCGAAAACAAAAUAUAUUUUUGCUCGGGAAGAUUUCUCGAAGACGACGUAUAUAGCGCCCAUUAUACAUGAAGAAACAUCAUGAUAUAUAAUUGCCAAACAGUAACACUUUGGUUUAACGUAGACAUCUCCAGUAAAAACGGCCUUCUUCGUUGAUUUUUCCUUGUUUUCUUGUUUAUUUUUCACUAUUUUGAAUAAAAUUCCCGCCUAUUUGCAAGCGGUCGUUAUUAAUUAGUCUUUACUUUAUGUAAUUUUAUUGUUUAACCUCCCCACGCAAUUUAAGUAUAACAAGACGCUCUAUGGAGCGUUAACUCGCUGGGGCUAUACAACUGACGCACAUUACUGUUAAGAUCUAAAGGCUGAUUUCCACUGUUGCGUUUUUCGUACGCACGUACACACGCACGUAAGGCCCGUUUCAUACGCCGUACUUCACAUGUGCCGAAUACAUUAAAGACAGCCUAGUCCCAUCGUUCUGAAGCAAGCGCGAGAAAAAAAGUGGAUGUAGUACGAGACAGGGACCUAGAUGUGACGUCACCGCUAAAGGUGCUUCUCUCGCUGAAGCGUUCCGCACAGCACACCCAGGCAUAAAACUUUUAAGACUUAUUUAAAUAUAUUAAAGCAGCGAAUAGAGAGAGAGCCUGGGACUAGGCUGCAUUAAAGACAAUAGAUAAUGAGUAAUACAAAAUGACUGAAAAACGGCAUAAUACAAAAUGACUGAAAAACGGCAAACUUCGCAUGACUAUAUUAUCCGCAUUUUACAACAUUUCGCAACGAAACUUUGGAAUAUUACUAAUUUUGUGAUACUCUUUCAAGCUGUGAUGAAAUUUUUGUCUAGAAUAAAACUUUAGUGUCUUGAAUGUAAUUCGAUUUUUGACGACUAUAGAGACUUUAUUAUUUAUUUCACGAGGGAAAACGUAUUAACCAUAAAAGUUAUCUAACAUACGGCCCGACGAUUACCGUAAGAGGCACGAGCAAACUUGCCAUAAGGGAAACCGAGUGCGAGUAGCACAUAAAGACGUACCAGCUAAUCCGUUUGAGACUGCAAAGCGCAGUCAAAGCCAAAGAGAAUAUUUUGAGUCGUCAGAGGCGCAAGAAGACUCCACAGGCACAUGAGAAGAAGACUAAGAGAAAGACGAGGCAUGCCAUAAGAACGGACUUGUCUUCUUUAGUUCUUUAGCGAAAUUACUGUGAUCAGCCUACAGUUUUGAAAGACAUACCGCAUACAGCGAUCGGUAUCAUCGAUCGGUUGCAUAUGAUCAUUUCCGUUUUACUCGCUUUCUGACGCAUAAAAAUUUAAACUCUUGGAAAAUCGGGUUGUACAAAAGCCCAGUUAACACUAUCCGGCACUAAGAGUUUUAAGACUGCUCAAAAUACACAAAUACUGGGGUUAAGAAAGGUCAAAUUCAUCAAAUUGCCAUGAAAAUAUUGAAACAAAAUAUCAAUGCAAUCACCUGCAGAUACUUGGAUACCCUGGUUCCAGAGGUUUAUUCUUAUUAUUUUCAUUGCGAAGGGGAGAGGAAAAAUAAACCUCUGGUUGAAAGCGGCAAUUGAUUCAUUGAGCCGCGCCAAUCAGUUUGAAUUCGGGUCAGAUCCUGACUCUGUCUCCUGAAUGGAUGAUUGUAUUAAAGUUCUCUGAUUGGUUCAAAUAGAACAUCUAUAACCAAUCAGAGAGCUUUAAUACGAUCAUCCAAUCAGGAGACAAAGUCAGGAUCUGCAACCAUAAUUCAAACUAAUUCGCGCGGCUCAAUAAAUCAAUCAACCUCGUUCCCAGAACCCUGGGUACGAGGUUGUGAAUUAAUUCGGCCGCUUUCAACCAGAGGUUUAUUUUUCCUCCCCUUCGCAAUGAAAAUAAUAUAAAUAAACCUCUGGAACCAGAGUAAUACUUGGAUGACUUUUCUGACUUUGCGGAGAUGCGCGUCUGCACCACUGUCUAAAACACUCGUUAGUCAGACUAUAUGCACACGGUACCGUUUCCGUCGCUUUCCGAGCGUUUUUCGGUUUUUGGUUGUAAUGCGUCAAUUUCUGAAACUGAAAGUACCAUUUUCACGUACGUUCUGUUCACACGAAAACGUAUGAAAACGACGUCAGGAGGCAAAAACGUUUCAAAUAGUGACAACGAUGCCAAAGAUUCGUUCUCUAUAUGUCUGAAACGUUUGGUCGUUUUAGCACUUUGUUAUUGUGUAAACAGAAAAGUAGAAGGCGAAAAUGAAAUUCCGUGUUUGAAUUUGGAAACGAAGACUAUGAAAAACUAAUGCUUUGUCAGAAAAUGUUGCGAGAAAAACGAUGAAUGUGAAUAAGGCGCCUAAACGCUAAAUUUGAAAACGGCACUGCAAAAACGCUCAAAAACGUCAACUGCAUGUGUGCACAUAGUUUCAGUCUAGAUUUAGAACUUAUGAAAACACAGUAUAAAUUAUGUUAAAUUUAAAUUUUUUUCAGCUUUAUAUGUUUUAAUAUAAAUAAAUUAAAAUAAUACUACUAUCUGAAGACAAACGCACGAAAAAAAAUAGUGCUCAUCAUUGAGCUGUGGUUGCAGUUAUUGCAAUUGUGUGUUUCGAUUUUGUGACCUUAUAUUUGUUUGUUCUUAGAAUGUCAUAUUUUAUAUAUAAAGCAACCCGAUUCCUUUUUAGCAACAACCGACGAACAGAUAUCCAUUUCAAAACAAGAGCCAUAUUGGUGUCCCUCAGUUACUAGCACACCAAUAUGAUUCUCAUUACCUAUAUCUAACCUUUACAAACUUUUGAAAAACUCGGCAAAUUCAACUAGCGUCACUAGGCAAUUUGACUUAUCCCCCCCCCCCCCAAUCCAUAUCUCUUCGUAACGGCCCUGAGUUAACUAAUCCUAGUUAAGGAUUUAACUAUACAGUGAGCAUAGUUAAAGUUAACAACAUUUUCAUACAAAAAGAAAAUGUAGUACGACCACUACAAAACAAACAUAUAAGCUUACUACUACCAAAAAUUGCAUUAGCAAAAUGAUUUAUUGGUGCGAUAUGUCCUGAAAUGUUAUUUUUAUGAAUUGGCCGUUUCCAUUUAUCGACAAUUUCUAUUUCGUUUCUAUAAUUCUAUGUAAAUACCAUUCUCCAUACAGAAAGUGUGUUUCACAUUAUGUGUUUUUUUUUGUCAGGUGCCCUUGUGUAUGUUUGCAAGUAUGCCACAAGAAGAAGAACAACGCAUCAGAAGGUGGAAGCACUGGACAUGGAACCCUGGCCACAUCACGCGAUAUGGAUCUUGCUGAGUUUCGACUCCCCGAGAAAUCUGAAUCUACAACAGUCCUAGUUGGCUCAGUAAACUAUUUGAAACAUCCCAUCUCUAUAUUUGCUCGUCUGGCAGAGGGUUGUCUAUUGGGCAACCUGAUGGAGGUCAACGUCCCUGUUCGUUUUCUGUUUGUGUUGCUUGGUCCUGAGGAUGAACAGAAUAAAUAUCACGAAACAGGUCGUUCAAUGGCCGCCAUGAUGUCUGAUAAAUUCUUCCUUUCUUUGGUUUAUAAUUUCAAGGUAUGCUUUUUGUUUGCAAAUUUGGAAUGUUCUGAAUGUUCUGCGCUUUUGAGGCCGCGGGCAGGGGACUGAUUACAUCAAGAGUUUUCAGCCUGAAAUUGCAGCCUGCAUGGCCUCGUUAAGGUCCUAUUAAAAUGCAACGUGCAUUACAUACACGAGGAAAAUUUCAUCCCAAGCUGAAACUCAACUCGGGCGCCACACGUAAUCACAAAGAUCGUUAAAUAUCGGCUUUAAGGUGGCUCCCUACAAUUCUCUAAAAUUCUAGGUAUUUUGAGUAUCGUUCGCUUUCAACCGAAUUUAUAUUAGAUACACUUAAGACAAGGCAAUAUGAUCAUUUCCAGGAAAGUUCAGAAGCUGUGUGCUGUCCAUUUAUGAACAAAUUAAAACAGUUUUUGUGUUGCCAUGGCAACCAUGACGUUUAAUCUUUUGCACUUUUAUUGUCUAAUUUCACAAUAAAUUGACAAUAUCUAUAUUUUCCUUCGGUGAAUUUUUCUGAAAUUUGUUUUGAAGAUUUAUGGUACAUAAAGGAAAAAUCUAUUAAAAUUUGAAGGGAAUUUACAAAUAAGUUUUCGAGAUAUUCGUGAAUGACGGUUACAGAAAAAGUUAUUUGUAGAAUUUCUUAAAAUUUGGAUAUGUUGUACCACUCGUCUUGUAUAACAAAAAUACAAAGUUUAAAAAAAUUUCACCGAAGAAAACACGAGAAAAUCAUCGCUAAAAUCUGCGUGGCCAGAAUGAAAAAAAAUCGACUCGACAUGAGCACGAUCUGCGCAUGCGUGUAAAUUGUAGCGUGUCAUUUAUAGUGAUUUCAACUUUUUGGCUUACAAUACAUACGAAAACAGAUAUUUCUGACUUGUUUGAUAUGAAAAUAAAAUAUUAAUCUUGAAAAUACUAAUAAAAAACACUAUUAUAGGCAUUGUAUUAAAUCCAGUGUUAGUUUACAUUUGUUUUUGUUGUUAAAAUCGGUGUGUAAAUUUGAUUUAGCAGAUAAAACGAUACCUGUGAAUUGAAUUGAUUGACAGAACUUAUAUAAGUUUCGGCAACAGUUCACUACUGUUCAAGAGUUAAUAGAAGACAGUAUCAUUAUAGUUUGACAGCUCGCAAAACAACAAGUUGAAAAUUUUGAGCAAUAUGAAAAACAAUACUGAACGUAAAUACGAAAAACACACUAAAAGAUAGGUUAAACUAGUUAAAAACAUACGUACUUUUCGAAUUCAGAAAAAAUUAGGAUUAUGAUGAAAAACUGGGGCUUUCUUUGUAGAUAAAAACGCCAAAAAACUUCCCACGGCUUGUUUCAAUAUUUUGGCCGAACAGUAAACACGACGAUUCCACGCGCAGGUCGCGAGGAUGAAGUCUGAUAUAUAUAAAUCGUAUUUAAACUGUACUAACUGUUGGGAGCCACCUAAAUGGAUUUGUUUCGCACAGGUGAAUUUAUAGACAUGAUAAAAUUGUAGGAUUUUAACUGAUGAAAAGAAGCGGAAUAGCUUAAUUUCGAGACUAUUGUUUCGACUUAAACCCAGUUUAAAAUAUCAAAUAUAACAAGUUGUUUAAACUCACUGUGCUGAAAUAUGUCAUGUCAUGCCAUGGCGUCACGGUAGGCAUGUUGUCAAGGAGGUUGCAAUUGCUCUAUGUUGUCAAGUUUAUUUUAUUUCCUGCAGUAGCGAAGUUAGACAUACCAACAGGGUCAUGCUAUACACAUUUUUAAUGUUUGCAUUAUUCAAACCUUUAGCAUUGAACGACAGUUGCUAUGGUUAGCUUCGCCACUAAUUUUCUGUUAUUUUGUGGGCGCGGCAAGACUUCUUGCUAUAAAGGUAAUGGCCCUAAAAGGGAGGCUGGACGCGCAGGGUUAGAUUAGUGUGAGACUAAGAUUAGAUUAGGAUUAGGUUAGAUUAAGAUUAGAUUAGGAUUAGGAUUAGGGUUAGGGAUUAGGGUUAGAGUUAAUAAACCUAGAGCCAAGCCUUUUCUUAUUACCACUUGGUACAGGCCUCCUAAUUCGCCUGUAGCAAUGUUUAAUUAUUUUGAAAUUCUUCUAGGUAUGCUCGAUUCCGAAAAUAUCGAGUAUUACCUCAUGGGCGACUUCAACUGUGAUUUGAGCUCUACAGUCUUAGAUCAUGAUUCGAAGUCACUCAUGGAUAUUGCCGAUUUAUAUAAUCUUUCUCAGCUUAUAAAUGAACCUACUCGAAUCACAGACUCCUCCUCAACAUUGUUAGAUCAUAUUUUCACAAAUACUCCUGACAAGGUUGUUUGCUCUGGUGUUUCUCAUGUGAGUAUAAGCGAUCAUAGUCUUAUUUACGCCUUUCGCAAACUUUCUGUGGGUUCAUCGACGGGGGUACAUUCUUCAAUAAACUACAGAAAGUUUAAAAACUUUGAUUCUACUAAAUUUCGUAAUGAUAUUAGUCAACAGAGUUGGAACUAUAUCAAUCAGUACGAAAACCCUAAUGACAUGUGGCAUGCUUGGAAAGCCACAUUCAAUUCUGUCGCAGAUAAGCACGCCCCAAUUCGAGCUAAGCGCGUUAAGGCUAUUAAAUCGCCUUGGAUCACAUCUCUUUUGAAAGAUAAAAUGCAUAGGCGAGAUGUCCUAAAAAUUAAAGCAAUUCGUUCCAACGAUACUCAAGAUUGGCUUUCUUUUAAGAAAAUGCGUAAUUUUGUUAAUUCUGAAAUCUUCUACGCAAAGCAAGCCUAUUUCAAAAAUUUUUUCAAUGAUAAUAAAGACAAUCCUAAUAAGACCUGGAAGAUCAUUAAUGAACUUACUUCUAAGAAUAGGAAAAGCCCUCACAUUGGCGAGGUUGAUUUGAAUGGCGUAUUAAUUAAUGACCCUAGCAAAAUUGCUGAUGCGUUUAACGAUCACUUUUCAAACAUCGGACCAGACCUUGCAGAUAAAAUUAAUCUUAAUUAUAGCAAUCGGUCUUAUCUUGAUUAUUUACCUAACCAAAAUAAUGCUAUUUUUCAACUGAGGGAAAUAAGUAUUCCAACCGUUUACGCAUUACUGUCCACGUUAAACACUUCUAAAGCAACAGGUUUAGACAAAAUAUCUUCUAGGUUAAUUAGAGAAUGCUCUGACUUAAUUGCAGAAUCCCUCUGUCUUAUUUUUAAUCGUUCUAUCACUACAGGCAUAUUCCCAAACGAAUGGAAAUGUGCUAAAGUUAUUCCUAUAUACAAACAAGGCAAACGCAACUGCGUUGAUAACUAUCGUCCCAUUUCUAUUGUUCCUAUUGUGGCUAAGGUUUUUGAAAGGGUAA